AUGACAGCCACACUGAGACAAACAACGCGUGAACCAACAAUAUUUGAUUUAUCCAGUCGAGAGAAUGGUAUAAUUCACCAGAUGAAAGGGGAUUAUGAAACUGCACUGAAACUCCACAAGACCCACCUCUCCAUUGCUCAGGAGCUCAAUGAUUAUGCUGCGCAGGGAAGAGCCUAUGGGAAUAUGGGCAAUGCCUAUAAUGCUCUGGGAAUGUAUGACCAAGCAGUGAAGUACCACCGCCAAGAACUACAGAUCUCCAUGGAAGUUAAUGACCGGGCAUCACAAGCAUCAACCCAUGGUAACCUUGCUGUUGCGUAUCAGGCUCUGGGUGCCCAUGAUAGGGCUUUGCAGCACUAUCAAAACCAUCUAAACAUAGCACGAGAGCUACGGGAUAUACAAAGUGAAGCCCGGGCACUUAGUAACCUCGGCAACUUCCACUGUUCAAGAGGAGAAUUUAUUCAGGCUGUUCCAUAUUAUGAACAAUAUCUACGCUUGUCACCUGACCUACAAGAUAUGGAGGGAGAAGGAAAAGUAUGUCAUAACCUUGGCUACGCCCAUUAUUGUCUGGGAAACUACCAAGAAGCUGUGAAAUAUUAUGAACAAGAUUUAGCUCUAGCCAAGGACUUGCACGAUAAACUUAGCCAGGCAAAGGCCUACUGUAACUUGGGCCUCGCAUUUAAAGCCCUUGGUAAUUAUGCUAAAGCAGAAGAAAGUCAGAAGUAUGUCCUAUCAUUAGCUCAGUCCCUGAACAACUCUCAAGCCAAAUUUAGAGCUUUAGGCAACCUUGGUGAUAUCUUCGUGUGCAAGAAAGAUGUGAAUGGUGCUGUUAAGUUUUAUGAACAGCAGCUGACUUUGGCUCAUCAGGUUAAAGACCGGAAGCUUGAAGCCAGUGCUUAUGCCGCUCUGGGUACUGCAUACAGACUAAUACAGAAAUAUGACAAAGCACUAGGAUAUCAUACACAAGAGCUUGAGGUCUAUCAAGAACUAAGUGACUUGCUGGGAGAGUGUAAAGCACAUGGUCACCUUGCAGCAGUCUACAUGGCACUAGGUAAAUAUACCAUGGCCUUCAAAUGUUACGAAGAGCAAUUGGAGUUGGGACAGAAACUAAAAAAUCCCAAUAUUGAGGCACAAGUUUAUGGCAAUAUGGGAAUCACCAAAAUGAACAUGAAUGUAAUGGAAGAUGCUAUUGGCUACUUUGAGCAGCAGCUCGCUACACUGCAGCAGUUGAGUGGCAAUGAUGCAGUUCUGGAUAGAGGACAUGCCUAUGGAAAUCUGGGAGACUGCUAUGAGGCAUUAGGAGAUUACGAGGAAGCUGUCAAAUAUCAUGACCAGUAUUUAUCAGUGGCUCAGAGUUUAAAUCGGAUGCAAGAGCAAUCCAGAGCCUAUCGGGGACUUGGAAAUGGGCAUCGGGCAAUGGGGAACCUUCAGCAAGCUCUUGUGUGCUUUGAAAAGAGAUUGGUAGUAGCCCAUGAACUUGGAGAAUCAUCCAACAAAGCCCAGGCUUAUGGGGAGCUUGGAAGCCUACAUAGCCAGCUAGGAAACUAUGAACAGGCAAUUUCUUGUCUUGAGCGCCAACUAAACAUUGCCCGUGAGAUGAAGAAUCGGAUUCUGGAGAGUGAUGCAGCCUGUGGUCUUGGUGGAGUUUACCAACAGAUGGCAGAAUAUGAAACUUCACUGCAGUACCAUCAGCUUGAUUUAGAGAUUGCAGAGGAAACCAAUAAUCCUACAUGUCAAGGUCGUGCCUAUGGUAACCUUGGAUUGACCUAUGAAUCUUUAGGAAAUUACGAACGAGCUGUAAUGUAUCAGGAGCAGCAUCUGAGUAUUGCUGCCCAGAUGAAUGACUUAGUGGCCAAAACUAUUGCAUACAGCAGCUUGGGGAGAACACACCAUGCCUUACAGAAUUAUUCGCAGGCCGUCAUGUAUUUACAGGAAGGACUUAGGCUGGCAGAGCAGCUUGGCCGCCGAGAGGAUGAGGCUAAAAUCAGACAUCGACUGGGCCUUUCGCUGUGGGUCAGCAGAAACCUCGAAGAGGCACAACACCAGCUUUAUAGAGCAUCUGCCUUAUUUGAAAACAUACGUCAUGAAGCACAGCAUAGCACUGAUUAUAAGCUUUCCUUGUUUGACCUUCAAACGUCAUCCUAUCAAGCUUUACAACGUGUAUUGGUUAGCCUGGGUCGUCACGACGAGGCAUUGGCAGUAGCAGAGAGGGGAAGAACAAGGGCAUUUGCUGACCUCUUAGUAGAAAGGCAAACCGGACAGCAAGAAUCUGAUCCAUUGACUCCUGUCACGAUUGAUCAGAUUUUGGAGGCUAUCAAUAAUCAACGUAGUCUGGUGCUGUACUAUUCACAAGCAGCUGGAUACCUCUACAGCUGGUUACUUGCACCAGGAGCAGGUAUGGAUACAUACUGA